AUGCCGCCGUACAAUGCCUCCGACCCAACCUCUUUUCCCGAUCCAAUCAAUCUGUCCCACCACAUCUCCCGUAGCACCAAAGCAAGAGAAGCCUCCCAGGUCAAGAAGUUCUACAAGUACUUCCAGAUCCCCGGCAUCGCCCAGCUGGCCGGAGGCCUGCCAAACGACCACUACUUCCCCUAUGACACGCUCGAGGCCAAAGUCGCACGCCCCAACCGAUGGCAACCCACGCCCAACCAGCCCGUGCAGCCGCCUGCAGAGGAGCCCCCGUCCACCCACUCGGCCAACGUCUCCCUCUCCAAGAACAAAGACAAAGAGAGCAAGCACCCGCCGUCGUCGCGCCUCGUGGUGCCCAAGAACUCCAGCGUCCCAGAUCCGCUUCGCAUGAUUGACCUCAAGUCGGCCCUACAGUACGGUCAAGCGCAAGGGUACCCGGCCCUGUAUGCGUGCAUCCGCCAGUUCACAAGGAACAACCUGCACCCCGUCGUCCCCUACAAGGACGGACCAGAGAUCAUCCUCACCUGUGGCUCGACAGACGGUCUCUCCAAGACACUACAAGCCCUCAGCAACGAGUGGUCUGCCGAGCAUGAUCCCGUCGAGGAGAGGCCCGCUCUGUUAUGCGAAAAGUACUGUUACAUGAACGCGAUCCAGACCGCCACGCCACGAGGCUUCAACGUGGCCCCUGUAGAGAUGGACGACCAAGGCAUGCUUGCCUCCGGCCCAGGCGGACUACAAGACGUCUUGGAGAAUUGGGAUACAUCGCGGGGUCGCCGCCCACACCUCAUGUACACCGUCACCAUCGGGCAGAAUCCCACCUCGGGCACCUUGUCCGUGGCGCGGCGAAGGGAACUAUACGCUCUUUGCGUACAGUACGACGUCAUCAUCGUCGAAGAUGAUCCAUAUUGGUACCUGCAAUACCCAUCGUCCGCACGCGCCGACCGCACGCCUCCUCCACGCCCCGCCAAGUCCUCGGGCUUCGCAUUCCUCGACGGCCUCAUCCCAUCAUACCUCAGUAUCGACUACCAAGGUCGUGUCGUCCGCCUUGAUACCUUCUCCAAGACCGUCGCGCCAGGCUGUCGUCUUGGUUGGCUGACCGCACAACCAGCCCUCAUAGAGCGCAUCACACGCAUAACAGAGACAUCCACCCAGCAACCCUCUGGCUUCGUGCAGUCGAUGAUCGCCGAGCUCAUCAUCGGCCCACAGGACGCCAAAGAUCCGGGACGAGGCGGCGCGGCAGACGGAAGUGGCUGGAAAGUCGAUGGCUGGGUACGUUGGCUCGAGGGUCUGCGCGGCAACUACGAGCGCAGAAUGCAGGUCAUGUGUGACGUGCUCGACGCCGGCAAAGAACUCGUCAAGGCAGGACGCCGCAAGUCGCUCACCGAAGUCGUCGAGGAAGAUGGCUGGGCCGUGGUGGAGAAGACGCACAUGUACUCGUUCGUUCGACCGGUGGGUGGCAUGUUUGUCUGGGUUCGCUUCGACUUCAGGUCGCAUCCGCUUGCCAGGCAGGUCCCUGCCGCCCGGCUCUCACAAGCGCUGUGGGUGUUUUGGACGCAGAAGCCGUAUCUCUGUCUUGUCGCUCCCGGUAGCAUGUUUGCGGCGACGCAGGAGAUUCGGGACAAGGACAGCUUCAGCUGUUUUAGAUUGUGCUUUGCAGCCUGUCCGACGGAGGAUGUCGAGGACAUUAGUAAGCGGUUCGCAGAGGGCGCGCAGGCCUUUUGGCGUAUCAAGAAGAAGGAGAAGAUGGACAAGUUGUUGGAGGAGGAUGGGGUGGCUGGCCUGGAUCAUGUUGCGGGCAUGGCGGUGUUGACGGGCAUGUGCUAG